UCCACCUCCACAAUGGCACACGUCGAGACAUCAGUAAUGAUCAAGCUCGCCUUGUUCACAACGGCCAUGUUUUCUCUUCCUAUUCUUACUUACUUCCAGACGGUUGAUCGAAUCUUUGAUGGCAAUGCCUCGUAUGCAGCCGGAUCGGCCGCAGUAGUAGCCAAUAUAGUGCUGUUCUCGUAUAUCAUUGUUGCAGCAUUAGAAGACCCCAUUCCAGAGGAGAAGCCAAAGGAAGAAUAAGUCGCGAUACUGACUCAUACGCAAUCAUCGAGGACAUUUCUUUCCACUGCCUUUUCAUCGAUGAACUCACUGAGUGUUUGACGCUCAGGAAACCAAUAUCUGUAAAUAUAUAGAUCCAUUUGCUUACAUUUGUCCAGUCAUCAGUAUGAUCUCCCUUUUCUUGCCAUGCCUAUUACGCAACCUAGGUGGUCGUUCACUGCUGCAGACUGUGACACAUAGGAUCAAUACCUUAAAAGAUACUACCUGUCAAUCAAUUAAAAAAAAAAAAAGCCGCCUAUAAUACUUUUCAAAUCU